CAGGAUCUAUUUGAGAGAGAGAGAGCGUCAAGUUGUUGAGAAAAGUUUUGACAUUCGAGGAAGCACUUUAGAACAUGCUUCAUAGGUUGAACACGUGGUGAAGACAUAUUGUUACGGGUGCAGGGAAUUCAUCUCCAAAGGCAUCCGGAAGGAGAAGACAAGAAGAAAAAGAGACCCAGAUGCAGAUGAUUCCUAGGAUAAAUUCCCUACACCUCUGAUAUUGAUAUUUUGUGUUUGUUUCGGUAAAAAAAAGAGUACUUAUUUGAAAAGCAAAUCUUCUUUGUGACAGAUCAGAACGACCCAGAAGACCCACAACACGACAUCACUUCUACAUCUUCAUCAAGUUCAAGAAUGUGAAAGCAACUUCUACAACAAGAGUUGUAUCAUCGAGAACAACAAGUGAAAACUACAAGAACUACAUUCUACAUCAAGAACUACGAGAAGCCGUAGACGACCUAGUACUAGUAGAAUUUAUGUGAUGCAGCUGCUAUUCCGUAAUAUCAUUGUUUAUGUCUCGUACAACUACUUCAGAGCUUCUGGGCUGGAGCGACUGCGGCGAGUUCUUCAACAUUCAUUUCUGAAAGAAUAACUUCAUCUACCACGACGACAACUUUGCAUUUUCGACUUGCUUGUUGGUUUCGAUUGAAGGACUCGAUCACAAUCAUAACUCAGCCUAGUGGAGGAGAAGAUGGAGAAAGAGAACAAGACUUCUGCGCCUCUGAUCCCAAGAACUACUUAUUCGUACAGCACCAGAACUUCAACUCCUGCGUACAGGAAGCAGAGCUGAGGUAGAAGACUGCAACUUCAUUUCCUCAACACAGGGAGCAGAGCUGAUCAGAGAGAGCCAGCACGAGGUAGCUAGAAGUCUGCAACACCGAAUGUUGGAAGGAAGCACCAUCAACGAAGAGCAUGACUUCUUGCACCUCCACCAGAACAUCGGUUCUAGUUCUCCUUGUGAGUACUUGAAGAAUAAGAAUACAAUUAUAUUCAUCUUAAUAGAAAUACAUCACGACGAAGAACAAACUAUUGACUUCAGAAAGUAGGAGCAGCGAGCAUAAUACUAGUAGAAAUACGCCGCGAGGACGAUGUUGAUAAAAUCAAACGAGCAGUGGGAGGCGCAGCACGCCGUACCCCAAACCCUCGGAAGUGGUAGACUUUUUAAAUGCUCUCUCUCUCUUCCUCUUCGUCUAAUUCAUGCUGGUGAGUAUAGAUAUACCAUAGUAGACGCUCAAAGCACUUAGAGAAAAGUAACCGAGUAGCUUUCCCUCCAACCUGCGAAAAUUGUAACAUGCAAAUUUUUGAUGCUUUAAGAAGAACGGCUUAAAAAAUGCUAAAAACUAGUACUAGUACUUCUAUGCUUAGUAGACUAGGACAAGGCUUACACCUUCUAGGUAUAAGGCGUAUCGUCGAGUAUACAACUUAAGUUAGUAGUACUAGAAGUACUCUCACUCUUCCCCGACAUAAUCAACUGCAACAGGAGAGCAAAGUCAGCAGAACAGCAAUGGUGGACGGGGAAACACUGGCUCAAUAGGCUACAAUAGCAGCGCAGGCACAAAGCCGGCAAAUUUGAAAGCGGUUGAGGCACGCAUACGCCAAGUUGUCGCUCAAUGCGAAUUCAAGGAUGCCCGUGGUGGUGCGAUAUCUAAUAAGAGCAUCGAGGUCCGUGUUUUCGGGUCAUGCUGUAACGGAUUCGGCACUGCUGCUAGUGACCUAGACGUCACGUACUCACUUACUCAUGCUUUCGCUUAUUCCACCUUCUUCAGUAUCAGUAUUGAUUAGUUAGUAAAGUAAAAGUUAUUUUUUUUCGAGUUCUGCUUCAUCUAGAAGUCCACAUAAGAAAUUGCUUACGCGGGUGGGAUAAAUGAUCCUCAUGUUGACCUUCGUAAUCAUACUUUCAUCUUAGAAAACUCUGUUUCACGACCAUAACAGAUGAAGUUUAUUUCUACUUCUUUAUUCUCUCACCAGAAGUCACAUCCCAAUCCCAUAGGCUUCUGACACCUGAUGGUUUGUCCGUUUCGCCGGCUGCGAUCCUUAGGGAGGUAGCUGCAGUCGCGACGGAUACGUUUCAAAAUGUCACCAGAAUUCUUACGGCACAGGUAUAGUGUCGCUUUGUAUAGUGGAGGCUCACUGUCACUUUAUCGCAAUUUCAUAGAUAUAACUUGGACGCAUACGCAAAACACGCAUCUGGAUCUACUGCUAUUCGCUCUUGUUUUUGAAGAAGAUGGAGAAUUUUUGAAACCAAUUCUGAGCCCGAUAAAGAAAAGGGUUGAUGGUGUAAGUGAUCAACUACGCUUUAGGUUCCGGUUUUGAAGUUAACUGACCCAGUGAGCAAAAUGGAGGUCGAUUUGUGCGUAAACAACAGGCUAGGCCUGCGAAAUACAGAGCUUCUCCAGACAUACGUCUCUUUGGAUCCUAGGGCAGCGCAACUCGGAAAGAUUAUCAAGACGUGGGCAAAGCGCAAGGAAAUCGUGGGUACUUCUUACUCUUAUCGGAAAAGUGUUACCUUUGAAUACAGAAGCUGUAGCAAGACUGGCAUUACUAGCCUCCACAAGCUUCGCCCGGCUUCAAGUUUAGCUUAAACACUUCGCCGCCCACGGGCUACAGCUAGGGACAGCCCGCGGGUUCGCUAUAGGUAGCCCACCUUGAAAAAUUGACUACGACGAGAGUGCCGGCUCUGACACAUUGACCCCCGGGAGGAUGAGUGGGCUGCCUUCGGGUUUUUUUUUGGACUGCCGGGGGGGUCACGCAAAUUCUUGAGAAUUUGCAAGACGCACCACCGUACCCGCAAAAGGACCCGCAGGCCCCCCCGCUCAUAUAUAGCCGGGCCGCGGUGGCAGGCAAAAGGGGCGACCUUGAUGGGUCAAGAAACAAAACGCAUAGGCGUGCUGGUUGGGUCUUUCUACGUACAGCUGGUGGGAUAUCUUGCUUCGUCGGACGCCUUUGGAGUUGGAUGGUCGGGGGUCUCGUCCAAACGAAGUGCGUCCGUCACUCACGGCACGUCUUGCGUCGGACUGACGUCUUCCGCGGGGCCGACGUCUUUCGUCGGACCGAGUUCUUUCGUCAGGUUGACGCCUUUCGUCAGGGUGACGCCUUUUCUUUGUCGGACGGGUGCCUUUCGUCAGACUGAUGCGCUUCGUCAGACUGAUGCAUACCGUCGGGCGCAUAUCUUGCGUGGUCCGACGCCUAUCGUCAGGCGUCUUUCGUCUCUCGUUCGUCAGAUGUCUUGCGUCAGAUGUUUGAGUAUCGUUAGAUGUACUUCGCCAGAUGUCGAUGCAUUUCGUCGGAUAUUUUUCGUCAGAUGUGUUUCGUCGUGCGUCUCUCCCCAGACGUGCCGCGCCUGGUUGGCUUUUGCCUAGACGUCUCCCCUCAGGCGUCAUUCGUCGGCCGCCGGGCGUCAUUCGUCGGCUGUCGGGCGUCUUUCGUCUGGCGUGGACGUCUUUCGUCUGACGUCUUGCGGCGGACGUCUUUCGCCCAGCAUCGGUCUUCCGUCAGGUGUCCUUGCUUCAGGAGGUGUCAGUCUUUCGUCUGGUGUCAGUCUUCUUUCGUCCGACUUCUAUCCCCAACUUGCGUCCCUACCCCCGUCGGAAAAUUUUCCGGCUUCAUUCUCUUCUGGAAGUAUGCCCGGGGGCUUUCUCGUGAUUCCUUGCAAGAAAACUGAUGGAGACUAUCGGGGCUCUCGCGAAAGGGGUGGACUAAUAUCCGGCUGGGUAGGCGGGGAGGUCUAUAGCGGUGAUCGGUGCCGUGAUUAAUAUAGAUGAAUCAGGCAGAUUGAUAUUAUAGGUUAAGAGUAUAUUUUUUGCAAUGUUUCAGGACUAUUAGCAUCAAUUAUACUAAUUAUACCCCUAGUUGUAGAUAUGCUAGAAGACGUUCUUCGCGUUAUUUGCUAUUCUUGAUGUUGGGCGCAGCCUGCACAAGGGACGCCUGAGAUACUUCGUUGCAAUAGUGUGUGAAAACGGGGAUCCUUGUACUUGUUCAUUUCUUUAGUGUCUUCUUUCUCGUCUUUGUCGAGGAUUAGGACAUCAUGAUCAAUAUGUUUUUGUGAUUCAGAAUCCACCUUCGAUACUCGUCACUCUCUCCACCAGGAACCACCGACGGGUACUUGAAUUCGUACGCUUACAUGUUGAUGGUAAUUUUCUUCCUGCAGAAGAGAGGAAUCUUGCCAAAUUUGCAAGAGCUAGGGAAGAAAUUUGGCGAUACACCGGUCUGGGUGGGAGGAGAAUCGACAGGGGAGAAUUGGGACACGACAUUUCAUACCAGAUAUCAGGGACACUCGCGAAACGGAGCACGAAUAUACGACUUGACGCUAGAUUUUUUCCGGUUCUACAAAGACUUCGAUUGGAAGGUAGUUCUAGAUGCAGCUCGUGCAGAAACAGGAACUAGUUACAUCAUUUGCAGGGACAUACUCCGUAAAGCUUAUGACAGCAAUAGACGCCGGACCAAUAAUAUUGGAUCCUCAAAGGAGAUCACUUCUAAGUAGCAAUCUUCGGCUGUGAUCGAUUACGAUUUUGUCACACCAUUGAUCAAAAAAUACUUAGUUCCUGAAAAUAAAAAUCUAGACCCGCGCUGUCUCGGUGAAGAGCGGACCCCAGGACUGCGACAAAUCAGGCCUCUUCGAACGCAAUCCGCUCAUCAAAACGGUACCUGAGCAAUGCGCAGGAGAUCGAAUCAAGAUUACAGGCCCUCCCACGGAACAUUGGUGGAUACAAGAUCCGUUCGACUUGUACCACAACCUAGCAGGAAAAUGCACUUUGAGAGGUACAUAGUCAACAUGAUCAAGGGCACACUGUUGGAACUGUAUCAUCUCGUCGGUAGGCUAGGAGAACUACUAUGGAUGCGAAUGAAUGAGAGCAGUAUUCGUUUUCUCGUAUUAUAGCUAUUCCUAGAGAAGUACUGUCCUUAUAGUUGAAUAUUUGUUAACUCUUGUUUAAUAUAAUUGCUUUGGGUUUGGAAUUGAUAAAUUUUUUUUUUGACGAAGUGAAGAUAGUGUUGCUGAUCGUCAGUAAGUAGAAAUACCCACAGACUGUGACUGUUGUAGUUCUCGCUCCUUCUAUUUACAACGAAAUGGACGCGACGCAGAAAUCAGAUAAUGUCAUACCAUGACCCCACGACAACAUGCAGGUAAAAAGCACAUCUACAAUUGCAUUCUCGAGACGAUCACGGAUAUGGGGCGACGAGGACGUGGCUUGCCAUGGAUGAAUACGUGGAUGAACGGCGAUCCGUCCGAAGACGAAUACAAGACUACUUACUUUUAAGCCGUGGUUUGAGACAGUGACCUGCUUACAGCGUAGAGAAAUUGCUCUCGUCAUAAUCUUCGUGUUCGUUUCCUCUAACUCAAGCGCUUUCGAAUUAGCGACCACCUUCCAAGUCAGAGCUCGUUGGUCGCGCAUAACUCGAAUGGAUCGGGUGCUCCGGCGAAUCUGGUGAAGUAUCCUGGAACAAACACGACCGGCGUUGUAACGGGACAGCAGAUUCUCGGUCGCUUUCUUCGAUAUCAAGUUCAGCACGUCUACGUGAUCGAACAACCGGAACGCAAGACAAAGGAUGUGUUUCUCUCCUUCAUCUUAAGACCUAUGUAUUCAGGACAGCUUCUGCUCGAUUUCAUUUAGAGUUAGAUCAAAUUAAAAUUUGUCAUGACGACGACCUGAGUGAGCUGCUUUGUUUUUGAUAAAGCGAGAACCAUGUUGCUGUUGUUGUACUGAACACGACCACUUUGCCUGCAUUUUAUUAACCAAAUGGAGUUCGAGGUGAGUGUGACUUACCAUGUGCACGAGGACUAGGUCCUCCAACUGCAGUUUAACUCUAAUGAUAGGUGCAAGUGAUCGACGCAGAGCACACGCUGAAAACGAAAGCUUUAUUGGCGACUGGCAAUUGCAAAUGUCGCGAACGUCGCACGCGGCUUAUCUUGACGCGAUCUCGCAAUCAAAUCGAAAUUACCAAGUUUUCACCAAUCCGUUACCGACCUGCGCGGCCGCAAAAAGUUCGCCUGGAGGAGGAAGUAUUAUCUUACUAAAUUUGUCAUUUUUCGAGUCGUCGUAUGUUAGAGACUUCGCCAUUUUUUUCUAGGAAUCAAUCGUCCUUGUUGGUUCUGAUAUUCCUAGGGUAGUUCCUAUCCACUAGCACUAUCCUGCAGGAGAUUCGACAACGGCUGCGUCAUCGAGUCCAAGUACAACAUCGGUAGGAAGCAGUCGAAGUGGAAGCCUCCUUUCGGUUGAGGGUCUUAAGGCGAAUGCGCAGCCAUUUGUUCCAGCAUGGAAAGCUUUUAAUCCGGCAGCCGCGGCCUUCGUUCCUUCACCGGCACUAGUGCCAAAUAGCACGCCAGAGAAGCAAGGUAGCUUUAGCUAGUUAAAUUGGAGAUGAAAUACCUCUCAAAUGCCAAUCGCAAUCGUCUUCUAUGUUUCUUGAUCAGUAAAGAAGCAAGCACGAAGAAGCUAGAACAAAAGUACAACUAGCUCGUUUAUAUUUGGUCCCCGGAGGUAGUGCUUCCACCAUUUAAGAAAAAGGAAGGUACAACAAUCACGUCUCCAUCGGGCAAGCGGCAAGAGGACUGGGGCAGCGGGAAGACCGAAGCUAGUUCUCUAGGUUCCUUACAGUGCAGUAGCUACGCAGAUUCGCCGCUGUUUCAUUUCAAAGAAAAAGAAAAAUUAGACGCGGCAGGAGCAGGGGUGCGCCUUCCUGCGGUGCCACCGGUUCCGGCUACCAAUCUGCCUGAUCAUGUGAAAACGGUAGCGACAUGGACAUCUACAACUAAACAUAGUCGUUGUAUCUUCAAACUCACUGUACGCUAAUCCGCAUGUUUGAUGGAAGAGGUUCCGGUUUGUGUAUUGAAAAUCCCUUUCUUUGUUCUUCUAUCGUGAAUAUCGAAAUCAAACUUGUUCUUGUAGUGCAGCUGGCUGUUCCUUUCGCUGUAUUACGAUACAGAAUUCUUCUUCGAAUUACUUCUCCAUCAUUUUCACGAAAUCCAUGAAUUUCUCUUCCAGCUCGAGACGCGUAUUGAGAUGUUAACCCAGCUGCUGCGGGAGAAGGAAGUCGCCAUGAGUCAAUUGCUGGUGAAGAACCAUGCACUCGAGGCUGAGGUUGCAGAAUUGAAGAAGCGAGAUAGGUGGGGGAAAGAGCCCGGAAAUGGUAAUCUUAUUAGUCUUGCUUGGACUGUCAGCAAGAAUUGAUGUCUUCAACACGAACAAGGUAUUUGCAGCAGUUGUUGUAGUCCUCUCUCACUUUCCCCUUCAUCUGAAGAAAAGUGUAUUGGCGUAACUUCUCUCUUUGUGAGCUCAACAGGACUCUCUGAUAAGGUGCCAGCGUUGGUUCUGGUGCCGCAUCCAACGCGACAAGUGCGCCUGGAGGGGUGUCCGCGAACCGCGUAUCGAGAGAUGGCAUUCGGAGUGCCGUGAACGGUUCAGGAAGCGCGUCGACGGAUCGUGGUAGUGGAGUAUCGUCCGCCCCACCCGGCUUAUCGCUUCCGACACAGACUGGCGGUGCUGGCACGACCACGGGAGCAGCAAAUGGCACAUCGACCACAGGAGCGUCGUCGACCUCGACAGAGGGUGCAUUCCAACCCCCACCGCCGCCGCGCGCAGCAGCGCCUGAUAAACGACCUAUGCCGCUGCCGCCUCCGAUACCGUCGCUCUACUCACUCUUCGACACGGCGACAAGCCAUCAACAGCAGCAAGCUGCAGCGGCAGUAAUUCAAAUUUGAAUGAUAUUCAAACGAGAAGUAUAAUAAUGCUAUUUUUGUACCGAGCAGUUCUCCUAAGCGUCACGAACUGUUUAUAUUACUAAAAAUUUCUGUUUCUUCAUUCAACAUAAUUAAGUACAACUAUUGUUUCAUUGAAUUUUUGUAAAUAUACUACUUACAACAAUAUAUUACAACUCCAACUUACUACAGAGUGCUGCAAUGGCUGCCAGUGCGCACCAAUCGCAACAUCAAUCAAGGCUGCUGGCAAAUAUGAUGCACCAAUUAUGGGUGUAGGGAAUUCAUCUCCAAAGACAAAGUCAUCUGGAAGAAAAAGACAAGGAAGAGGAAAAAGGGACCCAGAUGAUCCCUGAGAUGAGUCCCCGAUGCCUCUAAACCAAUAUCACGGACAGGGAGACUCGAUGCAACAUCACAACACGGCAAUGAUGAAACUGUAUUCUCAACACCUUUCAGCCGCAGCAGCCGCCGGAGGAGGUGCAGCUCCUAUUGCUCAGAUGAUGUACUACUAG